AUGGACAAGUCUUCUGGAGCCAAGGACUUCUUCGACAUCUCGGACAAACUGAGCGCUCCUGCUAAGAAAUCGCUGCGCGAGAGACAAAAGGAAGAAGCGGAAGCAAAGCGCAAGCGUGAGGAGGAAGAGGCUAAGAUAGCUCUCCGAGACUUCCAAAAGUCUCUGGGAGUGGACGAGGAUGACGACGACGAUGCGAGACCGACCGAUUCAGGCCCUCUGCGGAUUGGCGCUGGCAGACAUUUUACACCGAGAGGUCCCAGGGGCAACAGUGGACCUGGGAGUCUUGGGCCUCCGCCGCCUCUGUCCAGGAAGAGAGCAAUUGAUGGCUCCCACAAGGAUAGAGACCAUGGUCUACUUGCCUACAGCAACUCUGGACCUCUCGAUGCUGCAACCGCUUUUCGCGAUUCAGAUGAUGAGGAGGACCGUCCCACAAGCUCAAAAGCAGCAGAGAAGGCAGUCCCAAAACCCACCAUGCGACUGUCCUCGCUACCGCCUGGCAUCACAGCCGCAGAGAUCAAAGCAAUGAUACCUUCAACGCUUACCGUGGAAGCUGUCAACAUCAGCAAGAACUCCGACUCCAGAUCCAGUGACCGGAAGUCGGCGACGGCUAUAGUUACGCUCGCGCAGAAUACCCCGGCAAAAGACAUUGACUCCGUCGUGAACGCAUUGGAGAAGCGCUAUCUAGGGUUCGGCUUCAAUUUGUCCAUCUCACGGCAUCUAUCCUCAGUGUCGCUGGACGUGCCUGCGUCAGGACUCGGUAAUGCGGUCCCCUCAUCUCUGCCUUUUGGUGCAAGGUCCAUCCCCGGGGCCGCAGGUCAAUCAAUGAGCCGUGCCCCUCCUCCGCCUUCGCUACGUGGUGUUCAGCAAUUUUACCCACCCUACGGUUCCUCUCAAUCUCAUUUCGGCAGGGCUUCGCUGCCGACGCAGAUCACAGUCAAGCCGCCUUCGGAUAUAAAGCAGCUCAAGCUCAUCAACAAAACCAUUGAGUCUCUACUGAACAAUGGACCCGAGUUCGAGGCACUACUCAUGAGUCGGCCAGAGGUCCAAAGAGAUCAGAAGUGGGAGUGGCUGUGGAAUGCGCGGUCCCCACCUGGUGUCUGGUAUCGCUGGAAGCUUUGGCAAACCAUCACCGGUGAGGAAGCGACGUCGAAUGUGCGUAGUCGCUUCAAGGUUCUGGAGCAAAGAGUCUUCUAUGAUAGUGCUCCUUGGAUGGCACCAGAGCAGCCAUUGCCAUUCGAAUUCGUCACGAAGUUCGAAGAGUUCGUAUCAGACCCUGAGUACGAUUCUUCGGAUGAAGAAGCGUCAGAUGAUGAAGGACCUCGACGUCAGCAACACGUCUCUGGCGGCCCACCUGAGGCUGGCAUUGAUACCGAUGAUGCCCUGAAGUCUUACCUGAGCCCGUUAAAGAAGUCUAAGCUUACCCACUUGUUAGCACGCUUACCAGCAACAACAGCCCGGCUUCGGAGGGGCGAUGUUGCUCGGGUCUCAGCUUUUGCCAUCAGUCAUGCUGAUAAGGGUGCCGAUGAAAUCGUCAAUAUGCUUGUGGCGAACAUUCAAAAGCCUUUCUUAUUGACCAGUGCAAACCCGGAUCGUCAGAAACAGGAGGAUGAGGCAGAGCAAGAAGAAAACGGGGAGAAAAAAGCUGAGAGGGAGGACCCAUCAUCAGCAAAACUAAUCGGUCUAUUUAUCAUUUCGGACAUCUUCGCAUCCUGCGGCACUUCCGGAGUCCGUCAAGCCUGGCGCUACAGGGAAUGGUUCGAAGCAGCGUUCAAGAAGCGUAAGCUAUUCGAGCAUCUGGGUCGACUAGAGAAGGACCUGCAGUGGGGACGGUUGCGAGCAGAAAAGUGGAAGCGGAGCAUUAACAACAUCCUGUCUAUGUGGGAUGGUGGCAACGUCUUCUCACCUGCAGCACAGGCACACUUCAUGGAGGUAUUCAACAAUCCACCGAUGACAAAAGCAGAAUUGCAAGCGGCCGAGAUGGCAGAGCGCGAGGCUACCAAAGCUGCGACGAAAUCAAAAUGGAAGCCGGUCGAGGUUCAGGCAGAAGUCAGGCAGGAAGAGCACAAGGAUUCGCUGGCUCCUGCGGAAGUGGAAAGCAAACAGGACGAUGUGGAUGGCGAACCUAUGGCGGAAGAGGUUGACGGAGAGCCGAUGGGCAAUGGGGACGUCGAUGGCGAGCUCAUGGACGAAGACGUGGACGGUGAGCCGAUGGAGGGCAUCACAAGCGACAAGGCUGACGAUGACGUGGACGGUGAGCCUAUGAAGGAGGUAACGCCGGCGGACACUUCAGGUCAGGCGCCCGUGGGUGAAGCAAUAGUCACUUACGACGGAGCCGGUGAGACGGAGGCGGCAAAGGCUCGCAGGCGGCGUCCGAAGGCCGAAGACAUGUUUGCGGACUCGGAAGACGAAUAG